UUGGAAUGUGGCUGCGGCCGGCAUUUCAAGAAACCCUUCGAACCGACUUCAGUUUGCAGCAUUGAAGGUAAUUUUUUAUCAUUAGUUAUAGAAGACUUUUUUACUCAACCCUUGAAAAAAUAUAUAUCUCUAAUCAUUUUGAAUGCUUCAAGUUCAAGAUUUAAAAAAAUGGAAGGAAGAAACAUUUUGCCGAUUUCUUACUUUUGUCUAUUCUAUUUCUAAGAUUACUUCUACCGAACCAGAAAAUUUGAUUUUUCGAGUUUCAUUAAAAUAUUUGAAAAAUCAGAAUUUCUAAUCUGCAUAAGCCACAAAAUUGGUGUCAGCUUGAUCAAAAACACAGAAAUUAUAUUUGAUGAUUUCAGUCAUUUUAUAGUUCCACAAAACAUUUUGCACUCUUAAAUUCUAUAUUUUCUGGAAAAAACAAGUUCUUUUUUCAAAGGCUCUUUGUGUUCUCAAAUUGUUUUUUCUCUAAGAAAAACAAUUAUCAUUUAUCACAUUCACUCAAUGAUUGUUUUUUUUUCAGAAUUCGCACGGACACGCCCGAGAGCGGAAUGCUCUCUCUUAUGGGAGCGAUAUUGCACGCAAUAUCAGUAAGUUCAUUUUUUUUGAAAUUCAAAUGUAUAAGAGAGAGUAAUAAAACAGCUUUCAGAACACGAGUAUUGUGCCCUGGCACCCGUGUGCAAUUGCCACCACUGCUAACACCAACACCGCUGCCGCCUUUUCCUCGACCUUCCCGUCCACCCUUAACUUAUUUUUAA